AUGAUGUCUUCCUUUGCAUAUAUGCUACUGUUUUGUAUGUUUGCUGCAGGGAGCUUCGCGUUUCCGAAUGCAGAUUCGCUUUUGCAGCGCGUUAAGUAUUUUGAAAAGGAGGUUGCCCUUGAGAUGGACUUGUCGGCAAGACUGCUUACUGAAGGAGUCCUGCGUUUUGAAGCCGAGCAGCAAACAUCUGACUCAAGUAUCCCUGACCUUGUGAAGUCACUUGGACUCACUACUCUGCUGGAUCUGGUGGUGAAGGCAGGUCUGGCCCCUACCCUGUCAGGACCAGGUCCUUUCACUGUGUUUGGCCCAACAAACGAAGCCUUCAAGAACCUGCCUGAGUGGGCCAAAACUAUUCUGGCCAACAAAACAGUCCUGGCCAACGUUCUCAAGUUCCAUGUAUUGCCUGGCAAUGUCCCAUCUACCUCCCUGAAGGAUGAGCUUCUAGUGAACACUGCCUUGCCCGGCAAGAAGCUGCGAGUCAACAUCUACUCUGAUUCAUCAGCCAAUGGUGUCACUGUGGUCACCACCCAGUGUGCCCCCAUUGACUUGAAGAGAAUUGACAAGAAAGCUUCCAAUGGGCUUGUCCAUGUGCUCAACUCUGUCAUGAUCCCUCCACUGGGCAACAUUGUUGAAAGUGUGGUUGCUUGCCCCGUGUUUAAGACUUUGGUGACAGCAGUCAAGGUUGCCGGCCUUGUAGACGCACUCAGUGGUGAUGGGCCUUUGACUUUGUUUGCACCGACUGACAAGGCCUUCAAGAAGCUGCCUCCUGGUGUUCUGAACCGACUGCUGAAGAAUGUCACUGCCCUUCAACAGGUGUUGGAGUACCAUGUGGUGCCAGAGACUUACUGCAGUGCUGGUCUGGCUACAGGGCUCUACAAGGAGCUGACCACACUGAUCAAACAGAAGGUCACCAUCAACCUGUCUCGUGGAGGGGUCACUGUCAACGAUGCUAAAGUCAUUGUGGCAGACGGGAGUGUCAGUAACGGAGUUGUUCAUGCCAUUGACACUGUGCUCAUCCCUCCCGGUAUGAUCUAA